AUCGCUCUUGUUAAACUAGAUCGCUUUUUUCAAUCUAAUUAGUGCAUCGUUUAUUUUAUUUUAUUUUAUUUUUAUUAAUUUUAUAAAAAAAACAUAAAAAAAUAUGGCGACGGAAUUAGUAUCUAAAGAAAGCCUUCAGAAAGCAGUGGUUGCACUAAGAGAAUGUUGUAAGAAGAUCGACAACAAGAGGCUAUUCAACAGUGACAAGCUGUCCGUCCAGCUGGCAGUCAAGAAGAUCAUCAACGAACCACAAAAAUUGAACAAAAUCCUCCUGCCGCACACACCGAUUGAUGUGAAGUCCACCGAUAUAUGCCUCUUUGUGAAGGACGUUGACAAGAAAUCUCGAGACUACGAGAGGACGAUAGCUGCCUAUAAAGAUCUGUUGAAAGAGCAAGGAAUCCAAACUAAGAUUGAUAUCUUCCCGAUGAAGAAGCUGAAGAUAGAAUUCAACGACUACCAGGCCAAGCGCCGCCUGGCCAACCUCUACGACCUCUUCCUCUGUGACUCUCGAAUCAUCAGACUGAUGCCCGCCAUACUGGGCAAGCAUUUCUACGGGAAGAAAAAGUUUCCACGGCAAGUAAGAUUGGCCAGGGUUGAUAUAAAGAAUGAGAUUGAGAAAUCCUUGAGGACUUCUGUAUAUGAUGUUAAGAAUAGAGGAGCUUGCUGGCGGAUGGAAGAAUGUCAGAUUAAUUUGCAUCAAGUCAGAACAGUCGGUCGCAGUUCCUAUCUACGUGUCAUACGAUCGGAAGUGGAGCUGGACGACAAAGUGAAACUUCCUGGAAAAUCCGACGACCUAAAUAUAGACAGCCUGGAAAACCCGUCCGAUCUAUUAUUAGAGCAGGCUGAAGAGGUUUCAACGGUGACCAACGGCCUAGUGGUGGUUACUGACGACGGCCAAGUUCUCGUCGUAGGCGACGAUGGUGACGUCAUCAAUUGCGACGAUGACGUCAUGGGUGACAACGACGAUGACGUCAGAGAUCAUGAUGGCGAUGAUGAUGAUGAUGAUGAUGAUGUCGUCAGAGAGGAUGUUGAGAUUGGUAAGAGGAUUAUGAGGAUGAAGAGACGGGUUAAUAGUGGAGACGAUGAUGAUGAUGAUGAUGAUGGCGAUGAUGAUGAUGAUGACGCUGACGACGAUGAUGAUGCUAAUAUGGGUGAUAAAAAGAUGGGUAAAGUAAGCAGGAAAAGGAAGACAACAAGCAGCAGCAGCAACAACAACAACAACGACAAAGAAAGAAAGAACAAAGAUAACAAAAAGUUCAAACUUGGCACCGAAAAUAAUAAAAAUAUCGACAAGAGAAAUAACAAUAGCGAUAAAAAUAAUAAAAGUCAACAGUCUAAAUCUGUUAAAUUUAAAAAUAGCAACAAUAAAAAUAAUAAUAAUAAAGGGGGCGAGGGUAGCAGGGUUCAAAGGUCAAAAAAGCGCUCCUCAAUGAAUUUUGCAAAGAGAUGGGUCUUGAGAUCUGCUCUGAACAUCGUAAGUGAUGGAAAGUCGUUAGAAAUGGAAGAAAUUUGCAUGCUAUUAAAUAACCAGCUAGCGAAUGUGACAGAUAAACUGAGCAGACGCCAGUCGUUCAUACUGGCAGUUAGAAACUCGUUUUUGUCUAGCAAAACACCUCGGACAGAAAACCACCACAUCAACAACAUGAGAUCUCUACUGUGCACUCUUGUAUCCCCAUUUAACAUGUUGCAACAUCCUUUGGGGAAAUCGCCCAGAAACUAA